AUCGCUAUCAUUGAUAUCUUCACGCUACAAACAAGCACUUUCAUUCAUCGUGAUGCGAACAGUCUGUCUCCUGCAAUUGACCUUGUCCGUGCUGGCUUUCUCAGUCAUGUACCGGUGUCACCCUCAGUAGCUAUCUCACUUCGUACUCUGGAGCAUUUUCGUCACCUACGUCUCCGCAAACCUUCGUUUAGCGUCGAGGCAUAUGUCAAGGUGAUUUGCGAUUCAUACAAGGUACCCUAUAAACGUCGCUGGCGUACUGUACUAGCCGAUGCUUUCGAUACUUACUUGGCCAUACUUCGGCAGGUUGAGCAGAGAGUCAACACUGCUCUCGGUCGCAGUACCCCCAACUGGCGCAUACUCAACUCAUGCCCUCCCUGCACCUAUGAGUUGGAGGAUGAGCCCUUAUUACCAUUCUCUCGCAUGUAUGUCCUCGAUGGUGGCAACUCAGCCAAACGCAUGGCAGGACUAGGAGGACGCGAGCGAGGAGACACGCGGACAUACACUGAGAGCGACUACAUCAUACCACGUGACUUUGUUGAUAGCUUCGCCAAUGAAGUUCGACCACGCGCUUCAGACUCAGAUGAUGCAGACCCAGUUGUGGGUGUUUUCAAUACUACAGGAGAAGAGGACACACACCCCGAAGUCAACACGGACGAUCUCACGACGCAGGUCAUGUCAUCUGACUGUAGUAAAAACUGGAAAGCGGCUGCCAAUGAAGAGAAGAAACGUAUGUGGUCUGUCUUUGACGAAACGGGGAUUUUUGUUUCCGCUUGUCGUCACGGUCUUUUGUUAUGGGUGACAGACAUGGUCCGCAGUGGUGAACUUGCGAAAUAUCCUCUCGCGAUCAUGUCUAACGUCAUUGAUGUUCUUGGCGAACGCACUCUGGGAGCAUAUGAUAUAGGCUGCGGAUUUCAAUCUACCAUCCGUGCAAGCAGGCUGGGUGAUGCAUUCGAGAGGCAAAAGUGCUGCAUGUGUGUUGACGCCUUUCACGGCUACGCACACAACUACCUGUGUCAAACGAAGAACCAUCCAAACGGGAUUGUUGGUGCGGGUCUUGAAGACUUUGGAACUAUUGAACAUUUUUUCAGCGCAUCGAAUGCUAUUGCCCCCGUCAUCCGAUAUGCCAGUUCAUACCGCCGUCAUGUCUUUUUGGACCUCUUUUUCAAGCAAUGGGACGAGGAUAAGUACUUGAAUCUCGGUACUAUGAUAUACAAUAACUACAAGCAAGCGCUCGACAUUGUCUCGACGGAGUCGAUUGCUCUUGAUGAAGCAAAGCAAUCACUCGGCAUUCAGGAGGGUGAUCUGCAGACUUGGUGUCAGGAGGAAAUCAAGUAUUUCGCACAUCUGGGUAAAGAGACUGAGUGGGAUGUCCAUGCGAUGGCAUAUGUGGAACUCCUACUGAAGCUGAGAGAUGCAGAAUCUCAGGCGCAGUCCGCAUCUACACGUUUUCUAUCUACGACUCCAAAGGAUUAUCAGUUCAUCUCUUUUACGGGCACACAGUCCUAUUCCGGUGACAUGACGGCCACGAGAAAACUUGAGACACAACGUCGGUACAGCGCUGAGCGUCUCGCUACAAUACAGCAAGAAGUCACUUCCAUGGAAGUGAAGAUGGGUAUCGCUAAUCGAUGGCAGCCUUCGUCACCUGAGUAUCAAGCAACGCUGAAGUAUAUGUCGAAUCAUCAGUAUCAACGUGCGUUGGACAAUCUUCAGCGCUUAGUAGUCCAACGGCUCUUCGAGCUUCAGCGGCUGAAUAUCUCACAGACUGCUUAUAAAAUGCGCACCCACAUAUCUAAAUCCCUUCAAACUCGAUGUCAUACUAUUCAAAACGCCGUCAAGACAUAUAAUACAGCAGCUGCAGCACUAUCACCCCCUCGCCCCCAGCUUGAUUGGUCCAAGGUAUCCCAUUACAGCUUUCUUGAGGAGUUCAACCUCCUGCGAGAUACACGACAAGACGUUCGCGAAAAAAUGUGGGCCAAACCUGCUAUCCGUGCAGUGAUCCGACAA